UCACGUCAGAGGGGAAACAGGAAGUACAGUGAGGGGAUAAACCGGAAGAAGCCGGGAGAGUUCAGAGAGAAAACACCGGAGACACCGAAAUACCGAGAGACAAGAUGUCCAGCAUGGAGAAAAACCUCUUCAAUCUGAAGUUUGCAGCGAAGGAGCUUCACCGCAAUGCUAAGAAAUGUGAGAAGGAGGAGAAGACUGAGAAAGCCAAAAUUAAGAAGGCGAUUCAGAAGGGGAAUACGGAGGUCGCUCGCAUACACGCAGAGAACGCCAUCCGGCAGAAGAAUCAGGGCAUAAACUUCCUGCGGAUGAGCGCCAGAGUGGACGCGGUGUCAGCGAGAGUGCAGACAGCGGUCACUAUGGGGAAGGUCACCAAGUCGAUGGCCGGGGUGGUGAAAUCCAUGGACUCCACAUUGAAGAGUAUGAACCUGGAGAAGAUCUCCGCCUUAAUGGACAAAUUUGAGCAUCAGUUUGAGACGCUCGACGUUCAGACCCAACAUAUGGAGGACACGAUGAGCAACACGACAACACUGACUACCCCUCAGGUAGCUGGUCUAUGCAGCUCUGAACCUGAUUGGCUGAUUGUGUCAUCUUUUACUAUUUGCAGACUGGACCUGAACAUGGAGCUUCCUCAGGGGCAGACGGGUUCUGUAGGAACAAGCGUGGCAUCUACAGAACAGGACGAGCUGUCGCAGCGGUUGGCGCGUCUGCGCGAUCAGGUGUAGGCGGAGCCUCUUCCCGUCGGUGCAUUUUGCUGUAUAUA